GCUCUUGUCCACGAAAAGAAUCGUGCAUCCACCAUCCACUCGUUCUCACUUCUUCAACAACAUUAGUGCUCGCCCACGCUUCAUCAUUUCGACCAUAUGUCCAACAAACGCCCCGGUUCACCCGUUGCGAAACUCCCACUUAAGCCGCCGUCGCUGAGCAUACAACCGUCCCCUGUUCCUCAGUCUACGAACAACAGCUCGCCUUCCACCAACAAUUCAGAGUGCGCAGAAGGACUAAUUGUCCGAACGUACGACUAUGGGCACCCAGAACCUGGCACCGAGAGGUGGAACUUCUCUUGGCCUCCUCCGGCUCAAUUCCCGCGUCGCAACUGGCGCACAGCAGUAUGGUCGCCACCCAACAUGACCGCAAACUACGUCACGCCGGAAGUCUUCCAGCUUGCUGGCAAGUUCGCAAGUGUGGCGGUACAGAGCGCACUUGACGGAGAGACUCCAUGGUCUGAAGUCGGGACGAAUGGCAUCUACCUGGCCCUCGUUGAUCUCAUGCUGCAGUGCCGUGACCAUCUUCGAACUGAGACGUGUUAUGCGUCAAUUCGAAGCGCCACCGAUCCAUCAGAGCCUGGGUUCCUGACGUACCCCCAGUGGCGGCGCAAGUGUAAAGCUGAAAUGGAGCGCAUCUUCAGCCUGGCUCAAGCUGUCGUUCCUGAAGGUGUCAUGCAGGAGAUAACGCUUUCCAAGUGCAAGCACUACUGCACCGCCGCCAUCCUCUGGACCUUCGGUGGCGACAUGGACGCCGGCAGAUGGCUGUUUGACGACUCGUUUUUACCCCCGCUCCGACAUCUCAAGAGGAUCCCGGUGUCCUUUUUGGGGCAGUACGACGCGACGCCUGAGCAACUCGAACGGUACGGCAUGCGUCGUGUGACGGGGCGGAUUUCGCUCAAUACGUGCGAGGGUGACAUCCUGCGUCGCGCCGCAGCGAACCGGAAGCGGUAUGGGGAGGCUCAACCCCUGCCGGCCGGCUUGUCUGGCUUACCCCUUGCCACACCUGUGCGAGCGCAGACAGGCCGCAUCCCCGGAACGAAUUUGGUCGUCGUCCCUCUGCAGCGACGUCGGCCUGCGUGAGCUCAGCCCGCCACCCAACUGUUGCACAUCUGGGCGCCCCUCUCCUGCCGCGCUCGCCGUACUGAUCAGCGCUUGUGUGUGUAUGUAUGUAUGUAUGUAGUGUAUGCGUGUCAAGAUCCAGGCAAGGUUCGGAGAUCGUUAGGCCAUGCACAUCCUUGUCUCC